AUGGUCGAGAAGCUCAACGCCCAACUCGACGCGGCUCGCGCGGCGGCCGCCACGAUCACGGCGCACUACCAGGGCAAGCCCGGCGCCGGCGGCGACGCCCUCAAGCCCCUGCGCAUCGCCAUACUCCUCAACUCGUACCGCUCGCGCUUCAUCGAGGCCAUCCGCGACUCGUACGUCCGCACCAUCGGCGCCGUCUCCCCGGACUCGCAGCUCGCCUUCUUCUACCCCGUCGAGCGCGACGACUUCCCGGACCCGGAGCGCUUCGACCUCGUCGUCAUCGGCGGCAGCAACGUCGACGCGCGCAAGACGUCGCUGUUCUGGGUCCGGCGCAUGCACGCCUUCAUCGCCCGCCUCGCCCGCGACCACCCGGCCAAGAAGGUCUGCGGCAUCUGCUGGGGCCACCAGACCAUCUCGCUCGCCUUCGGCGGCGAGGUCGUCGACUCGGAGCCCCCGCAGCUCGGCGUCGCGGAGAUCGAGCUCACGCACCACGGCCGCCGCUUCUUUGGCGUCGCCGCGCAGCCGGCGAACCGCGGAGUCGGUAGUCUGCGCCUGCAGCAGCACCACCGCCGAGAGGUGGCCCGGAUGCCCAAGGGCUUCGUGCCGCUGGCGAGCCAGAACCAGUGCUUCGUCAACGAGGCCAACACCAUCCUGACGUUCCAGGGCCACCCGGAGAAGGACGCCGAGACGGCGAAGCUGAGGAUCCACGACGCGGAGCGCUGGUUCGGCACGGACUUGUACGACGCCGAGGCGGUGGAGAAGCUGAGGAGCUGCAUGGAGCUCGAACACGACGGGGAGCUGGUGUGGAGGCGCGUGCUCGCUUGGGCUGCCGAGGCGCCGUCCACCUCCCCCGUCUCGUCCCUCAGCCGCACCCAUGGCUUGCCGGGUGCUUCUGUUCUUUGA